GCAGGAGGGGUGUCCUGUGUGGAGGAAUGUGCUCAUCCCUGUGUUGGUGCGUCUCUAAGGUUACUGGCAGCAGCGGGAUGGCGGCCUGUUGUUUGGUGUUAGAAAGCUAAAUCUGACGGUAAAUGGGAAUUUGUGGAUUUUAACAGAAGUCGAAGCGUUUUCUCAAAGUGGGGUUUUCCUAUGCGAGUUCAUGGAGAACCUGAAGUCGGUCCCUCACUCGGUGAAGCGGUGGCAGCUCAGGGGGACAGACUGUGACCCGCAGCAAGCCCGCAGCCUGCGUGCCGAAACCCGCUUCAGCACCUGGACUCCGCUGAACAACAAGACGAGCAACCUGCAGGUCAGACCAACAAACACCGGCAGAACCUGUUGUGAUAGUUCAUGGAACAAAUCACUAAGUGACAUUAGAUUUAUUUUUUAAAAGCCACCAGAUGGCAGGAAUGACCCAAUUUCUAGGACACAUCAUAUGAGCCUGUUUCAGAUUUAACAUAUAGGCUACAUGUAUUGGACUAUACCAUAAAUAAAAACCUAGGGACUUAUCAAACAGGCCUUGUAGUUGUAGGGGGUGGUGUUGAAGCCUUGCAUAUAAGCCUUAAAAUAACAUGUUUUGUGUUUUAUUAAUGAUCCUAACAAGAAGUAACACCAGGGCCAAUUAACCUGGUUUGGAACUGGUGUACAAAGUCGCCACUUGCCAGUAACUGCGCGCCCAAGAAAAGAUAGAUGGCGCUAAGUUAUUUGAAGAGAGGAUGAACCUUGUGUUCCACUGGUUCGAUCUGUGGACUGACACACAGAGGAAACACCUGUUGCACUCUCUGCUUACACGCUGCACCAGGUCACAGCUCAAGUGCUGUAGGGAUUUUCUGAUCGAGUCAGUUCCUGUGACUCAAGUAGACUUCACGGUGGUGCUGCCACGGUUCCUGUCCCUGUAUGUGAUGUCAUUCCUGUCCCCUUGUGACCUCUGCUCUGCCGCCCAAGUCAGCUGGCACUGGAGGGUCCUUGCCGAGCAGGACUGCCUGUGGGAAGGUCGGUGCAUCAGAAGAGGCUGGUUCCUUCCCUACAUUCCAGGAGAGAAAGAAUAUGGAGCGUGGAAGAACCACUAUGUCUCUUGCGUCUCCACGCUAGACUGGCUCACUCCCCGGGAGGCGGCAGAGAAGUAUGGGACCCUAAACCAACAGAGCACAGGGAUGACGGAGGAGGAGGAAGAGAGGAGGAAGGAGAGGAGGAUCAGGCAGAUAAUCAGAGACAAAAUACAAGAAGAGAAGAGACUAUCUAUGAGAACAAGGAGAGCCUGGGGCAGCUACACAAAACCAGAAGGAGUUAGAGGUGGAAGUACCCAGACAACGAGGCCCAGCUCUAGAACAUUCACCUCUUUGCUUUCCUGGCCUACAAGUAAUGUCAAGUCUUCCAGCCUCGGUCUUAGCCCGGACAGGCGACAGCCCAUGACAGCAGCUUCAAGCUUGGAGAGAGUUUGGGCCUCCAGUCCUAGCAGUGAAAGAGUGAACAAAGCCAGUGGAGCACUUUCAUCCUUCACCUACAGACCUGCACUGCCACAACCAGUCUCUCACAUCCAUCUUCCCACUCCUGCCCUCUUACUGCUGAUCUCCAAUAGAAUUCCUGCCUAUGAGCUGCUGCUAAGUGGUGUGAAAGCAGGAGUGAUUGUGGUUCUCUAUGACCAUAGAGCAACUCUCUCAGCUUUGUUAACUCAGGUGGAGAGGGCUAUUUCUGGGCAGAGAGCUCAGAGGCUGGGCCUACUAGCUCCAGGAGGAACGGAGGAAAUCCAUCUGCUUCACAGUAGUAGCCUGUCAGAGAAGACUUUACUGACCCCUGACCAUAGAGAAUUCUGGGAAAAACUGUGUGGCUGGGUGGCACCAACUGAGGAGGGAGGAGGGAUUGACAUCUUCUCCCCUCUUGCUGCAUCUGCAUCAGGAGUGGCUCUCAUCCAGACUCUCUCUACUCUGACUGGUCUGGAGGUUCAGGCGCCAAUGGGUCUUGCCACCGGAAGUUUCCAGAACAUCCUGAGUGAGUGGUCUGACAGCAGUGUUUGCACCGGACUUUCCAACCAACAACCAGUAGCCCCAGCAGUGCAGUUUGUGUGUGAGAGUGUACUGCAGGGCUGGUGCAGACAGGCUCAGUGGAUGGAGGAGGCUCUGGGGGAGCUGAGGGGCUGCCUGGGGCCACAGCUAGAACGGGUCAGCCUCCAGGCUAGGGGCCGAGCUCUGGGUAACUUUCUGUGGGAGAAAAUCUGCCUUGAGGAGCUUUGUGUGUCCAAAGAUCUGAAUGAGGCUCUGACUGAGGGACUCACUGCUCUGACAAGACAGGAAAAGACAAGACCUUUGGAGUUUCUUGCUGUCUUCUUGUCAAGAUGGAGUGAGGAGAGUAAUGGAGAGGAAAAGAGGCAAAACAAAAGAGCCGAUGAUUUCUCUUUCUUACCACAUAGCUCACAGAAAUGCCUCAGUCCGAUGAUAUCUGAGCUACCACAGACGGCGUUAGAUUGGAGAGGCGCAGUUGCCAGAGAGCUGCACCACAGCGAGUGUAUUUAUAUGGGAAGACUGGGCGCUGUGCUGAAGGUGUACCAGGAGCCUCUUACAGCAGCUCUGAACUCCAACAGAGCCAUACUAAGCUAUGCUGACAUCCACAUUGUACUCAACCCUGUCACACAAAUACUGGAGCUGAACAGGGUGUUUCACAUAGAUUUACAAGCCAGGCUGCAGCAGUGGGGUGCAGAGCAGUGUGUCGGAGAUGUGUUUGUGAAACUGUGCUCAAAGCUCAGAGUCUACACCAACUACCUCAACAACUACCCCACUGCCCUCCAUACCAUUGACAAGUGCAGGGAGACAAAGCCUUCAUUUCGGGCUUUCCUGAAGAGAGCAGACAGAUCUCUUGCCACACACAUGCUGAGCCUACAGGAGCUGCUGCUGUGUCCAGUGUGGAGAAUACAGGAGUAUGUGACUCUGCUUCAAGCUCUGUCUGUACACACACACCCUGGUCACCCUGACCACACACACCUCUCCUCCGCCCUCAACACCCUGCUACAAUUCAGAGAAUUCAUACAAAAGUUAAAACGUAACUCUAAGAAAGACAGGCUGAUGGAGGAAACGCAGCAGAAGAUCCAAGGCUGUCCGAACCUCAGUGAAGGAAACAGACAGCUGAUAGUAACUCAGGACGCUGCUUUGCUCAGGAGCCCUGAUGAACUGAUUCCUGAAUCGCUCAGGACCUAUCAGCAGGUGUCUGACGUGGGCCUGUUCCUGUUUAAUGAUGCCUUAGUGUUAACGCGGCGAAACGUGCAUCACACACCUUUCACAUUGGCUCACCAGAGCACUCACACUUUCCUGGCCUCUGUGGCUCUUGCCAACCUGUCUGUCAGAGAGAUCACACAUACACGCUAUGUGUGUCAUGCCUUUGUCCUGGAGGGUCCUUGUCGUUCCUGGGUUUGUGCCACAGAAAGAGGUGAAGAGAGAGAGCACUUUCUGUCUGUGCUUCGCUCAGCUAUAAACUCUGCUUUAACAGGACAUCAGUGACAGCACUAUGAUGAAACACCAGCACAGCAAGAGGAGGUUUGGACACCACUGUUGGCCCUGGUUAUUUGAAAAAGUAAUUUUUAAAAAAGUUCAGGAGAUCUCAAAAGGCAGUUAUUUCUCCACUCCAUGAUAUGAUGUAAAGACAGCAGCAGUUUAAAUGGUAUUCUUAGUGUCCCGCCGUAAAAGUAUUUCCAGAGGUAAUCCUAUAGUCACAGUAAUUACUUUUAUAAGUCAAUACAAAGAAAUUAGUGUUUUUAAUUUGCAAUAUGUGGAAGUUAUAAAUUAUUAUGUCACUGCUGUACAAUAGCUGGAAGGUGCAAUGUAUUACAGUACAUGUCAAACAGUGUCUGGGUUACCAUGAUGUAUGUGUAGAAAUGUAUAUAAAUUUCUACACUUACAUCAUCACAAUUUUCUGAUACUGCACUCACUGACUCCAAAACCGUAAUGACUCAGUGUCUGCUAGAUAUGUUUGACCCCAUCUAUAGAUCGUAACAAACUUUUUUUAUGCAUGCAUAUUUGGAUAUAAAUAAUACCUGAACAUAAUACUGUUGGAAGAAUAGCAUCAAAAAAUGACACAACUUUGACUGUACAGCAUGAUUGAUGCAGCUCCUUAAAAUCAAGUUCUUUACUCUUGCACUGUAAACCUGUUAUGGCUUAAGUUAAAAACUUCUCUAGUGGUUUCAUUACAGCCUUUAUGAACUUUUUUUAGUUUAGUUGUUUUAUGUAUCAUAUGUUGCCCUGUCAGAGGCAGUGGAUAUUAGAAAGUGCUUUGUAUUUUCCUGUUUUGUUUUGUCUUGUGUAAGUAGCUGUGUGUAAAACAGUCUACGCAUACUUACUGUAGACUGGGAACAUUGUGGGCUUUAUUUUUACUGUAAUCACGUUGACAAUGCUGUUUUUUUCAGCUUAAUUUUUAAAAUUAGCUUUGAUUUAAAAAUUGUAGUAAGGUGUUUAUUUUGAAUCAAUCAGUUUAAUCAAUAUUUACAGCAUCAAGGUAUCACUGUGACUUUUUCCAUCGUAAAAAAGAGAGACAUUUCUCUUUUUCCAGGUAUAAAAAGUCUUUAUGGAUAACCAAAAUAACACAAAUGUCACAUUUGAGAGAUUAUCACUAUCAAGGAGCUGCAUUACAACACAUCACUUAUACAUUUAUGUACAUUAUUGCCACUUAUUUAAAUAAUAAUAUCCAUGUGUCCCAUCUCUAGAAAUAGAUAAAUGGCCGUGUCAUUUUCUGUAUGUCUCAACAGAUAAAGUAACUAAAGAUCAAUAAAAUGCUGACAAUACA